UCAAUUAAUUAAAGCACAAAAGCAGUAAUUAAAAAUCAUGCUCUCUGCAACUCGAAGUUUUCUUCUCUUUGGCGGGAAGAACAGUCUCUCAUCUCUCUCCUCCAUCUCAAGGAGACACAAGCACGUCCUUCCAGAGCUGCCUUAUGGCUACAAGGCCCUAGAGCCCGUUAUAAGUGGUGAUAUAAUGGAGCUACACCACACCAAGCAUCAUGCUACCUAUGUUAACAACUUGAAUGCAACUGAAGGGAAAAUGAAAGAAUGCUUGGAAGCAGGUGAUGUGAGUGGUGCUGUUGCGUUAGAGGGGGCAUACAGAUUUAAUGGUGGCGGUCACAUUAACCAUUCUAUCUUCUGGAAUAAUCUUUCUCCUAAUGGAGGAGGGACUCCACAAGGCAAGUUGAUGGAAGCAAUUGAAAGAGAUUUUGGAUCUUUUGAUGAGUUCAAGUCACAGCUAACAGCCAGAACUGUGGCUAUACAAGGAUCUGGGUGGGGAUGGCUGGGAUUUAAUCAAGUAACUGGACGUUUACAAAUUGCAACAUGUCCCAACCAAGACCCACUCCAAGCUACUACUGGAUUGGUCCCAUUGCUGGGUAUUGACGUUUGGGAACAUGCUUAUUAUCUUCAGUAUCGCAAUGUAAGGCCAGACUAUGUCAAGGCUAUUUGGGAUGUCAUUAAUUGGGAUGAUGUCUCCAAGCGUCUCCCAUAAUAGAAAAGACUCAUUAUUGUGCUAUAGUUAUCUGUAGAUUUUUGUUAUAGAAAAUUCAGUUUCCAACUUUGUAGA